GCAACGCUAUUUUAUUGGGCUGUUAUAGCUCGCAUAACACGUCAGUGUUUAGGUUUUUAAGCAGCAAGUUCUACCAAAAUUGAAGCAAACGUAUCUGCUAAAGUGCAAUAGCGAGUCGGUUACCGAUCGAAAUGGACACAAAGCAACAAAUUGCGUAGUACUAUUUAUGCGUAUAUUAAACAAAGAAACUACCAAGCUUAUAUUUUUUUGCUCCCAAAAACGGAUAAAACUAUACAGCAAGACCGACAACAACAUACAAUAGCAUCUAGUAAGCGGGUGCAACGGUACAGAUUAGCAGCUGUGAUAUACAGAAAAUCGGAAGAAGAAGAAGUUGACAGUGGCUGCCACGCUAUAACGUGUGACGUGUGUAUCGCAUUUAAAUUGAAGAAUUGGCCUAUACUCUCAAUAACAACUGGUUAAGACACCUACAUAUACGCCCACUCACACAUACACAGCAUAAUGGCUUUGCCAUUGAGCGAUCUGCUGCUGCUUGGCAGCGGUGAAAAGAAAUUGGCUGCAUGUGUCCUGCUGCUGCUGCUGGAGCUCUUCAUGGAAGGCGCAGAUGCGGCAGCGCCAAGUCAGGCGGACAUCGACAAUCAUUUAGAGCUGGGCAAAGAUUUUCUGGCACGCGGUCAGCUAUCGGAUGCUUUGACGCAUUACCAUGCAGCUGUGGAGGGCGAUCCCAACAAUUAUUUGACACUCUUCAAGCGUGGCACUGUUUACCUUGCCUUGGGCAAGACACGCUUUGCCAUUCAGGACUUCAGUCGAGUGUUGGAGCUUAAGCCCGACUUUACAGCAGCGCGUAGUCAGCGUGGCAUUGUGCACAUGAAGAGCGGCGACUACGAGCAUGCACUACAGGACUUUGAGCUUGUGCUUCGGGAAGAGCCACAAAAUGGUCUCGUGCACGAGCACUAUUCAAGACUGCGUCCGGCCAAGGAGCAGUGGGAGCUAGUGCAGCAUCUGCUAAGCAAUAAUGAUGAGCAGAACGCCAUAGGCAUGAUAACACAGUUGCUGGAGAUCUCACCAUGGUCAGUGGCAUUUAGGCAGGCGCGUUCUGAUGCCUAUCUAAAGACAAAUGAUCCGCUCUCGGCCAUUGCGGAUUUGCGGCAGGUCAAUCGAUUGUCACAAGACAGUACAGAGGGGCAUUACAAUAUAGCACAGCUGCUAUAUAAUAUUGGACAUGCUACCAAUGCGCUGAAGGAAAUUCGCGAAUGCCUUAAAUUCGAUCCCGAGCACAAGCUCUGCUUUCCAUUCUACAAGAAACUGCGCAAAGUAGAGAAGCAGCUGGUGACAGCAGAAACGGCACGAGAGGAAAAACAGGCACCCGAAUGCAUAGUUGCAGGCGAAGCGGUUCUCAAACACGAGCCCGAGGAGCUGAUGAUACGAUAUGAGGCGCACAAGCUGCUCUGCUCUUGUUAUACGACAGACGAACAGUACGGCAAAGCGUUGUCGCACUGCAAACAUGCGUUAGACAUUAUGAAAGAUUCACAAGUGUAUUGCGAUCGUGCAGAAGCGCUGCUGGGCAGCGAGAUGUAUGAUGAUGCCAUACACGACUAUCAGUCGGCAUUGGAAAUUGAUGAGAAUAAUUCACGGGCUAAGGAGGGCAUCCAGAAGGCCAAAAAACUGCAAAAACAGGCGGAACGUCGAGAUUAUUACAAAAUCCUUGGCGUGAAACGCAAUGCCAACAAACAAGAGAUAGUAAAAGCUUAUCGCAAGGCGGCACAGAAGUGGCAUCCGGACAAUUUCAAGGAUGAGGAGAAAAAGCUGGCAGAGAAAAAGUUCAUUGAUAUUGCAGCGGCCAAGGAAGUGCUUACCGAUCCAGAGAAGCGACGGCAGUUUGACAAUGGCGAAGAUCCCCUGGAUCCGGAGAGUAAUCAGCAUGGGUUCCGUGGCGCUGAUCCAUUUGCACACUUCCAGCAUGGUUCGCCGUUCCAAUUUAAGUUCCAUUUCAAUUAAAUGGAGCUGAAAAAGAGCCAUUGUUGAGCCAGGGAUUAUUUGUGUUUUGUUUUUCCUUCCCCAUUAAAUGCAGUCACGUUGAUAUCCUUCAUAUCGCUCCAUUCGUCCCCAAUCCGCCUACAUCCACGAAUAACAAUUACUGCAUUUUCGUUUUUGCCUGCGCCCUCUUUAAGCUUUACGAUUUUACACUUGUUUGUGUUGCAACUCUUAAAUAGCCUGUAAAUAUUAGCCUAAAGACUAAAUCCGAUAACUGAAACACACAAGAACACAAAACAUACUGAAGAAAAAAACAUUUAAAUAUA